CGACGAUCAUCAGAGUAUCUACGUCCAGUAUAAGUCUAGAACUCAGAGUGACGGCAGUCGAAGUCGAGCAUUGGACCUCUCCCCUUAUUAUCCGUCGGAAUAUUUCGAAGGACUGACUUGCAUACAUUAUCUUCUCUUAUCUCUUGGACUUCAAAAGGAAAACUCGGGAAGAAAUAACGAAGCGUUUUCUUCACUUUACGAUAGAGACCCGAGAUUCGACCUGUCAAGACAUGAGCAACCUGAAGGGUCUGGAGCAGGUCGCAUUGUCUCCCAAGGAGAACGACGAGGUCUACGAGCUCCUGAGGGAUGCCUACGUGCCCAGGGAACCCGUGUGCAUAGGCCUACGCGCCAGCUACGACGAAUUGAAGCCGUUGUUCGAAUCCCUGGUCCCGCACACGCUGACGAGCGGAGCGAGCAUCGGCCUAAGAGAGGCCUCUUCCGGCAAGGUCGUCGCCUACAUGCUCAACCUCGUCAUCGAUUCGCCUGAUUUUGAGCUCUUCCAAAAAGGAGGGCUCGGCUCUGAGAAGGCUGACCUAUACUCCAAGUUGAUGCAAGACUUCUGCGCAGGCGUCGAUGUGUUCAAUGGCGGCCAGUUCAAGAAGAACUUGGAGUUGCUGCUCCUCUGCGUCCAUCCCAGUUACGGGGGAAGGGGAAUAGCAGCUGAAUUGAUAAAGAUGAGCGAGAACAAAGGUCGAGCGAUGGGCUGUGACAUCGCCACUAUCCAGGCUGUAAACGUCAUCACGGACCACAUAGCCAGGAAGCUGGGUUACCAGGAGAUCUGCAGGAUCGACAUGAAGGAACGCACGAAGGAGAACGGUGAGGCUCUGGUCGAUAUGGAGCUCAUGGAAGCCAAUGGCACCACACACCUCAUUUACCUGUCCAAGAGACUCUGAGAGAAAGAAAGAUGAAAGGGUUUUGAAGCAACUUACGUUAUGCAUGGAGAUGAGACUAAAUGCAACGGAUAGUAAAUAAAUAAGUGACAAUAUUAUCUUACGCCAUUGAAAGACGAAGAUGGCAGACAGACUUAGAGAGUAGUGUGUGUGUGUGUGUACGAUGUGUGUUUACAUUGUUUAAACGAGGUGAAUAUGGUUCAUUCAAUAUAUUUCAUAUGUAAAACGAGGUUUAUCCACCUCGGUUUUCUAAUCAAAUCAAGAGCUGUGGAGUUUU